CUGUUCGUUAGUCAGCCACUAGACGACGAAUACGUCAAUCAACUAAUAGCAGCAAUACUGUGUCUAGAUAACGAAACAAUAGAAAAGCCAAUAAAGUUGUACAUAAAUAGCCCAGGAGGGAAUAUGCACGCAGGUUUGGCACUGUAUGACACACUUAAGCACGUGAAAUCGGAUGUGAUUACAAUAAACGUGGGACUGUGCGCAUCGACAGCAACACUGCUGCUAGGAUCAGGGACGCCAGGAAAGAGAUAUGGGCUGUGUCACUCGAGAGUAUUGCUACUACAGCCUAGCGGAUUGGCAGAAGGAACAGCAGAGCAAAUAAAGAUAGAAGCAAAACACAUAAUAGAAAUAAAGAAAAAUUUGAUAGAAAUAUACAGUAAAAUAACUAAACAACCACUGGAAAAAAUAACAGCAGAUAUAGAAAGAGAUAAUUUCAUGUCAGCAGAAGAAUAUAAAAGUUAUGGACUAAUAGAUGAAAUAAUAACAAAUUCAAACCAAAAAACAGUGUAA